AGAAGAGAAAGACCUCACCUGCACGGGGCCUUAUAACUACCUUUGUGUAUCGCAUCGUCGGCAGUCGCGAAAAAAAAAAACACUUGGCAGCCCGCCUCGGUCGACAAAAUACAUACACACUUGUAUGCGAUAGAGUGAGAUGCAAGUUGGCACGCUGGGGGCAUUUGUCGUCUCCCGCCCGAGGGCGACAUUCUCUUGAACCAUCUGCCCCAGGCACAGCACGCUUCAAACAAUCCUUUUUUUUUGUUUUCACAGAAACAAAAGACACAAGGGGUAAAAAAUCCAUAGGCCAUAAUGCGGCGGCUGUCUCUCGACAUCGCCGUGAGCCUGGCGCUGCCGGCGGCGCAGGCCAUCCUCGUCGCGCCCGGGUCGCCGUGCUCGACCAACUGCGGCAACGUGCUCGACUCGACGUCGCCGGCCGACCUCGUCUGCUCGGAGAAGAGCUACGCGAGCCCGGCGGGCCAGCUCUUCCAGGGCUGCGUGCAGUGCGAGCUGCAGAGCAGCUUCCACCGCGACAACAAGAGCGACGUGGAGUCCAUGUUGUAUAACCUCCGAUAUACGGUAUCGUACUGCUUAUUUGGCCGCCCGGAGAAUAAGAACAUCGUCAACACGCCCUGUGUCACGAGCAAAGCUUGUGGUGGCUUCCGGGACUCCGUCGGAUGGAAAAACCUCUCCACAGAGUACCAGAGCUAUGAAUACUGCGAGAGAUGGCCGCCAGGAGACCCUCUCGACCUCCAGGGCUGCACCGAGUGCCUGCAAGCGGAGGAGAGGUACUACUUGGCAAAUUUUAUGACGGCACUCCAGGCAGGCUGCCGUCAAAGACCCCAGCCAGGCAUCGUGCUCGGCUUGGAAGGGACCCUCUUCUCUGACGACAGGGUGAAUGUGACCGCCCCUUCGCCGACUGCCGUGGUCGACCCGGCCUGGUUCGACCAAGGCCCCCUCAACCUGGGCGCCAAAGUCGGCAUCGCCGUUGGCGGCUUCGUCCUCCUCAUAUCGGUUAUUGGAUGCGCGAUCAUACUGAACGGCAAGCGGAAGCGAAAGGCCUUCCUACGGAACCUGGAAACACAGUUCCCGCAGAAGACCUGGCCCUCGCCGAUCAGUCCCAGACGAGCUGACAUGUCGGAGGCGGCCACCAACCAGCAGCAUGUGCGGGCGGGCUGGGAUGAUACGCCUCUCAGCCAGCAGCCCCUCCGCGGCUGGGACGAGUCCCCCAUGACUGGCAACACGGACAAGUCCUUUCCCAGGUUCUAUUCGCCGUAUUCGAGCCAGUUCAAUAGCCCGGUCAGUGCCCACGACAACCUCAACCCGAAGCUGCAGAUGCCCCUCGCGGCGCUGGGUAUCACGGAGGACAUUGGCGUCGCCGUUGGCGGCCGUGGAGCGGAAGCCGAGGGCCCGUGGGUCGGCUCGCCAUCCGACCCCAAGGGCAAGGGCCCGGAGGAGGCGUACGAGUUGAAGAAUGUUGAUGCACAAGACGAGGGGGGUUCCAGCGGCGCGGGCCGUAUGCCACAGGCAGAGCCGCCGGUGUUGAGCCAUCCCGGCUAUGGUAGAAGUAGUACGAGCUCACAGAGGCCGCACAACCUGACGGAGCAGGACGCGAGAAAUGGGAGUGCGAUAUAG